GACUUUUGUUCUUUUCAAAAAGCUAAAAAAUAUGCAAAAUUCUUUUUUUUUUGCCUUUAUAUCAUUUUAUUUGUUUAAUUUUUGUUUAAUUUAAAGUGAAUCAAUAAAUAAAUUUUCCUAUUCACCCCAUUUGGAGUUGUCAGAAUUUCUCCGCAUGUUUUUUUGUUCUUUUCUCAUUGCAAUUCAAUAAAAUUGUUUUUCAUUUAUUUAGCAAUAUUACAAGGAAUUCAGGCGAAUAAAAUGUCCUCCUCGAAUAAGCAAUUUCCUGCCCUAAAAAAUGAUAAUCUCCUACGGGCAGCUCGUGGAGAAACUGUGGAUAGAAUCCCAGUGUGGGUGAUGAGACAAGCUGGAAGGUAUCUUCCGGAAUUUCAGGAAGUACGGAAGAAGCAUGAUUUCUUCACAGUCUGCAGAACACCGGAACUAGCAUGUGAAGUCACAAUGCAGCCACUGAGACGCUUCGAUCUGGAUGCUUCAAUCAUCUUUUCAGACAUUUUGGUCAUUCCACAGGCACUGGGUCUUGUAGUUGAGAUGCAUCCCGGGAAGGGUCCUGUCUUCCCUGAGCCCCUCGAUGGCCCAGAUGAUUUGAAAAGGCUCACUCCGGAGGGAGCAGUGGAUCGAUUGAAGUAUGUUGGGGAUGCCAUAACGAUGAUGCGGCAUCUUCUUGAUGGAAAAGUCCCUCUUAUUGGAUUCACUGGAGCUCCAUGGACUCUCAUGGGGUAUAUGAUUGAAGGAGGUGGCAGCAAGACCAUGAGUAAGGCCAAAUCUUGGCUCUCAGAUCAUCCAGAUGAAUCAAAGAAGCUCCUUGAUCUCCUAACCAGCGUUAUUGUGGACUACUUGGAGAUGCAGGUUAAAGCUGGAGCUCAAAUGCUCCAAGUCUUCGAAUCAAGUGCCGAACACCUUCCCAAGGAACAAUUUCUAUCUGUUGCUUUGCCGCAUUUAAAGGAAAUCCCCGAGAGGCUAAAAAAGCGUCUUCAGGAGCAAAACAUCGAAUGUGUUCCGAUGACACUUUUUGCUAAAGGAGCUGGUCACUCUCUAAAGGAGCAAGCUGAAUUGGGGUACAAUGUGAUUGGGAUUGACUGGACAGUGUAUCCUACAGAAGCUAGAGCAGCAGUUGGUGACAAUAUAACUCUUCAGGGAAAUUUGGAUCCUCAGGAUAUGUACAAGAGUCCUGAAGAACUUCGUUCUCUGACCCAGGAAAUGGUGAAGAAAUUCGGGAAGAAGAGGUACAUUGCCAAUCUUGGGCAUGGAAUUACCCCUGCAACUCCCAUAGAAAGCAUGAGUAUCUUCUGUGAUACAGUUCACGAAACAUUGUAGAUCCUUGUAGUGAUUAUUUUUUACAAAGAAAAUCCGGCUGAGGAAUAAAAUUCUAAAAUUAAAAAAAAAA